AUGAGAAUAAUGGGAAAGUCUUUGAUUUGUUGGAUUUGUGUUUUCGUCGUUGGGUUUGUUCAAUUUAGCAAUGCUUUUUAUCUACCGGGGAGUUACAUGCACACUUAUUCGAAUGGAGAUGAAAUAUAUGCCAAAGUUAAUUCAUUGACUUCUAUUGAAACCGAGCUUCCGUUUAGUUACUAUAGUCUUCCUUAUUGCCAACCCCUUGGAGGUAUUAAGAAGAGUGCCGAGAAUCUUGGAGAGCUUCUUAUGGGUGAUCAGAUUGAUAACUCGCCGUACCUUUUCCGGAUGAAUGUUAAUCAGUCGAUUUACCUUUGUACGACAGCUCCGUUGAAUGAGCAUGAGGUGAAGCUAUUGAAACAGAGAACCCGAGAUCUUUAUCAAGUUAAUAUGAUUCUUGAUAAUUUGCCUGUUAUGAGGUUUGCUAGUCAAAAUGGGGUGAAAAUCCAAUGGACAGGGUUUCCUAUUGGGUAUACGCCGACUGAUGGGAGUACGGAUUACAUUAUUAACCAUCUCAAGUUUACGGUUUUGGUUCAUGAAUAUGAAGGAAAUGAUGUUGAGAUUAUUGGUACUGGGGAGGAAGGUAUGGGUGUUAUUGAAAGGGAUAGUAAGAAAGAUUCUGGAUUUGAAAUUGUUGGUUUUCAUGUUGUUCCUUGUAGUGUCAAACGUGAUCCUGAAGUUAUGACAAAGCUCCACAUGUACGACAAUGUCUCUUCGAUAAACUGCCCGGCUGAGCUUGACAAGUAUCAACCUAUAAAAGAGCAAGAGAGGAUAUCGUUUACAUAUGAAGUUGAGUUUGUGAAAAGUGAUAUAAGAUGGCCGUCUCGUUGGGAUGCUUAUUUAAAGAUGGAGGGUUCCCGAGUACAUUGGUUCUCUAUCCUAAAUUCCCUCAUGGUGAUUUUUUUCCUAGCCGGUAUUGUUUUUGUUAUUUUCUUAAGAACGGUGAGAAGGGACUUAGCAAGGUAUGAGGAAUUGGACAAAGAGACACAGGCUCAGAUGAAUGAAGAGCUUUCUGGAUGGAAGCUUGUUGUGGGUGAUGUAUUUAGGGAGCCUUGUUGCUCAAGGCUCCUCUGUGUGAUGGUUGGAGAUGGGGUUCAGAUUCUUGGAAUGGCUGCUGUUACUAUUGUUUUUGCAGCCUUGGGUUUCAUGUCACCAGCUUCUCGUGGAAUGCUGCUUACAGGAAUGAUAAUUUUAUAUCUUUUCCUGGGAAUUGCUUCCGGAUAUGUAAGUGUACGUCUCUGGAGAACCAUGAAGGGAACUUCAGAAGGGUGGAGAUCGAUUUCAUGGUUUGCUGCAUGCUUUUUUCCUGGAAUUGCUUUUACGAUUCUAACAGCACUGAAUUUUGUUCUCUGGAGCAGCAAAAGUACUGGUGCUAUUCCCAUUUCCUUGUAUUUUGAGCUGUUCUUCCUCUGGUUCUGCAUUUCAGUGCCACUCACUCUCAUUGGAGGAUUUAUGGGGACAAAAGCUGAGCAAAUUGAAUAUCCCGUGCGAACCAACCAGAUUCCAAGAGAAAUUCCUGCACGGAAAUAUCCAUCAUGGCUUCUUGUUCUUGGUGCCGGAACACUUCCAUUUGGAACCCUUUUCAUUGAGCUUUUCUUUAUCCUUUCUAGUAUCUGGCUUGGGAGGUUUUAUUAUGUAUUUGGGUUCCUGUUGGUUGUUCUUCUAUUGUUGACUAUUGUUUGUGCUGAAGUGUCUGUGGUCCUCACAUAUAUGCAUCUCUGUGUCGAAGAUUGGCGGUGGUGGUGGAAGGCAUUCUAUGCAUCAGGCUCUGUUUCUCUUUAUGUCUUUUUGUACUCCAUUAACUACUUGGUUUUCGACCUGCAGAGUUUGAGCGGACCUGUCUCGGCUGUACUUUAUAUCGGCUAUUCUCUUCUCAUGGCAAUUGCAAUCAUGCUGGCAACUGGAACCAUUGGUUUCCUUGUCUCAUUCUACUUUGUGCAUUACUUGUUCGCAUCGGUAAAGAUAGAUUAA